AGCGUUUUGUGCCAAAUCCUCCCAUAAGGCCUACGCUUCCAUGUAAUAUAUGUUCUCUUGUUCAGUGAGUUUUUGCUGUCUGCUGUAUAUUUUCAUAUAGUCUUUCAUAAGUCUUAUUUAUCAUAAAGGUAAAAAUGACUGAGGAUGUUAUUAUAGAAGAGGAAUUGUCACAGAAACACAAGAAGGAACGCAAAGAGUUGCAAGCUCAAAUUCAGAAUCUGAAGAAAUCUAUUUGUAAGGGUGAUAAAAAAAAGAAAAAGGAGAUUGCUGAAGAAAUAGUUCGACUAGAAUCUGAUCUCGAUAAAAGGCAGGAAGACGAGUUAACAUGCUUCAAAUUAUCUCAGGCUUCGAUCAAAGAGAUUAAAUCUCAGAAUUCUGAGUUACCAAAAAAGGAAAGUGCUGAUCUGGAUACAUACUCAGAAUCUACUCAGAAACAUGCAACCCAAAGAGUAUCGAAAGCUCAGAAAAGGAGGGAUAAGAAAGUUAAUGCAGAGAAAGAACGGAACCAACAAAUAAUUGAACAAGAAGCACUGAAUGUAUUUGGAAAACGAAAUGUCGAAAUGCAGAGUAUCAAGAAAAUUCUUGUAGAACGAAAUCUGAUGAUUUAUGAAAUCCCAAGUGAUGGCCAUUGCCUCUACAAUGCAGUCGCACAUCAGCUGAAAACGCUAGGUGAAAUUCCCUUAGGAUUACAUGACCUCAGACUGAAAACAGCUGUAUAUCUCAGAGAAAAUAUGGAUGAUUUUCUGCCAUUCAUGUCAAAUCCAGACUCAAAUGAUUUACUUUCUCCUGAUCAGUAUGAGAAAUACUGCAAUGAUGUAGCUAAUACCAGUACCUGGGGCAGUGCCAUUGAGCUUCAAGUACUGUCUCGUGUACUAAAAUUACCAAUUGAAGUGAUUCAAGCCACGGGAGCUCCAUAUAUCAUCGGUGGCGAAUUUACAAAUGAGAAAAAAGUAACGCUGACCUAUCACCGCCAUAUGUACGAACUUGGAGCCCAUUAUAAUUCCGUAACGAAAUACGUGCGCGACAGUGAGAGCUAAUGAAACUUUAAAUCAACUAAAAAUGGACAUUAUUAGCUAUAAAGCAAAAAUCUGCCAAUGUAUCCAUGUGAUUGUACUGACAGUAAUGUUGAUAUCAAUUUAAUAAUAUUACUUUAAUCUGAGUCGAAUCAUGAAGAAGCUGCCACUAUAUUAAAAAAAAUAUAUAAAAACAUGUAGAGUUAGAAAUAACGAUAAUCAUAUUCGUAGUUUCUACGAGUACACGUCGUUUUGAUGUAACAAAAUUUUCGAAAUUUCUUCUACUAAAAUAAAUGUAUAUGAAUGAUAUUAAAUACAAAUAUCACAACA